UCUUUGGGUUUUUUUGUUCUUAUAAUUUCUUUCCAAUUCUGUGCAGCUCAAACCCUCAAGAAAAAGGAACCCUUCAUUAACUCUCUCCACUUUUUAUACAAGUUGUUGUUUUUGUUUUUUUUUUCUCUCUCAAUGAUGAUUUUCAACUUUCAAGUUUCUUCAAUGUUGUGAUUGUCAAACAUAAAUACAUACACUGGUUUAUAUACCCCAUAUUAAUUGAAAAGCAGUAGAAGCCAGCUUGAAACUCGCUGAUCGUUCUUUCUUGCACCCACUUUAUUAUAUUUAUUUAUUAGAUAAUCACUUUCGAUUUGCCUAGAUAAGAUCGAACUUGCAUUUAAAGCAUCUCUCUCUCUUGUUGUACCCCUUUUAAAGUUUUUAUGUGAAACUGUAUGAUUUGCUCCACAGCACUUGUCACUCAAAAACACACUCUCUUUCUUUUCCUGUCUCUCUUUCUUUCUUAGUAGAGGUUCAGCGGGAACUCAGCGAAGUUCCUUCUUCUCAAAAUUUUGAAGGGUUUUUUGUUGAUCUUUUUCAUUUAGUGUGUUUGUCGUUUGGAAAAACACUGAUAAAAGAGAAAAGAUGGGGAGGACACCAUGUUGUGACAGGAAGGGUUUGAAGAAGGGGCCAUGGGCUCCUGAAGAAGAUGAGAUCCUUGUAAAUUACAUCAAGAAACAUGGCCAUGGGAGCUGGCGUUCUCUUCCUAAGCUUGCAGGUCUUCUUCGGUGCGGUAAGAGUUGCAGGCUUCGGUGGACAAAUUAUCUUAGGCCAGACAUAAAACGCGGUCCCUUCACCCUGGAGGAAGAGAAGCUUGUCAUUCAGCUUCAUGGCAUUCUUGGAAACAGGUGGGCUGCCAUUGCUUCUCAACUGCCAGGAAGAACCGAUAAUGAGAUCAAGAACCUAUGGAACACUCACCUGAAGAAACGCCUAGUUUGCAUGGGUCUUGAUCCGCAGACUCACGAGCCAUUUACCCCUUGCGGCCCAACCACAGCUGCACCUACGUCUCCUGCCACUCGCCACAUGGCUCAAUGGGAGAGUGCUAGACUUGAAGCCGAGGCUCGCCUUUCAAGGGAGUCAUUGCUCUUCAGUUCACCACCAUUGGGGAAACCUGACUCCGAUUAUUUUCUACGCUUAUGGAAUUCUGAAGUUGGAGAAUCCUUCAGGAAGUUGAAUAGAGAAGACAAAACUGCUUGUCAAAGCCCCAUAUCUCAGGCAUCUUCAUCGACAAAAUGUGGAUCAGUUUCAGCUGUUACCAUUGAUAUUUGCCCCAAUAUAGCAGGGUCCUCUACCCCAGCAAGCAAUCAAAUUGAGGAUACAGCAUGCAAGAGCUUCAAGUCUUGCACUGAGGACCCAGUGGAUGCAUCCGAUUCAUCAUGUUCAAACGAGUCGGAAGAUUCAUCAGACACUGCACUACAAUUGCUGUUGGACUUUCCCAUUAACAAUGACAUGAGCUUCUUGGAAAAUGUUGAUACUUAUGCCACAUCUCACGCCAUGCUGACCGACACAUCUUUUAUCUCCCCCUCUGAAGGUUAUCUGAAGGCAUGAUUUGUAUAAUUAUAAUGCCCUUAUUGCUUGAAUUUUGAUCUGGGAUUUUUAAGUGCCAAAAAGCCAGUUGUGUGCUAAGGUUAUUGCCCAUUGGCCUAACUUUUUUGUAUGCUAGGCAAUUAGCUGGUUGGCAGAGGUGAUGCCACCAUGGAAACCCAGUUUGUUUAUUAUAUGUGGUAGAUAAGAACUCCUUAUGCCGUUUGGAACUUUUAAUCGGGGAUUUGCAAAUUCUAUUUUCCCAA